AUGACUUCAAAAUCCGGUACAAAACAGAGUGGACGCGGAGAUGUAGGAAGCAAUAGUAUUGUAAACAUAACAAGCAGCAAUGAAGACAAAGACAGGAUAUAUACUUAUGCUGAAGCCAUCAAUCUUGCGGGCAAUGGGUGCUAUAGUCUAGGUCUCCUGGCGACCCUGAGUGUGUGCACGCUGGCGAUGGGGGUGGACAUGUUCGGCUUCUCCGUGGUGGUUAGCGGCUGCACCUGUGACUUCGGGCUGGACAUCAGCCAGACCAGUGUGUUGCUGUCCAUGCCUUUUGUUGGUCCAAUAGUAAUGGCGUAUCCAUGGGGCUAUAUUUCCGACACCCAGGGUCGGAGGAGGAGCCUCCUCAUAGCCAUGUGGGUCAGUUUCGUGGUGUCCACCAUCGGAGCCUUCUCUCCCAACUGGGUGGUGAUGGCUGUGCUGAAGUUCAUUAGUACUAGCCUAUGUAGCUGUGCCCAAUCAGCGUCGUACACGUUGCUGGGAGAGUCCUGCGCAGAGAGAGCCAGAGACGCGUACAUGCUGAUCAUGACCAGCGUCCUAGACUUCAGUUUAGCUGCUUAUGUUGUGGUAGCCUACUUUAUCCUAAACUUGGAUUUCUCCUACGACAUGGGUUUGAUCACGUUCACUCCCUGGCGUCUCCUGGCACUCGCUCUGGCACUCCCACUGGGGAUUGGUGCCUUUGGGACUCUGUUUUUCUACGAGAGUCCCAAGUUCCUGGUCAAUGUGCAGCGGGAGGACGAGGCUGUGGAGAACUUGAGGAAGAUGUGGAUGAGGAAUAACGGGAGGGGAGAUAAGUACCCGGUAAAGAAAAUAAUUCUGAACGAGAUAGGCAACGAGCGUCGCAAGGAUGUGUCCCUGGUGCAGUCACUCUGGGAACAGAUAGUGCCUCUGUUCAAGCCUCCCCUGCUCUGGAAGAGCAUCAUGCUGUACUUCUUUACUGCCGUCAUAUUCAGCACUAACAACAGCUACUUCAUCUGGUUCCCAUACCUGGCGGAGAAGUUCGCAGCCGGCCUGGACUCCAUGACCCACUCUGAUCAGACCGGGCUCUGCAACAUGAUCGUUAGCAAUAACAACGUCACUGCUGCUAAUUACGAAUGCAAAUCCACAAUGGACAUCAGCCUAGUAUGGGCCAGUCUAGCACAAGGAGUAACCUUCGUGAUCAUUAUGCUAGUCAUCACAAAGCUAGCAUACAGGAAGAAAGCGCUGAUGAUCAUCAUCAUGACGUUCUCUGGACUGUCAGCCAUCGCUGCUGCUCUUGUCAAGGAGAACCUGACUAGUUUUGUCAUGUUUUUUGGUCUGUUGACAAAUGAGCUCUGUAUUGGAAUUAUUUAUACAUAUUUUGUGGAUAUGUAUCCGACUUCUUACAGGGGCAUGGCAGCGUGUAUCGGCGUGAUGGUGGCUCGCCUGAGUGCUCUCGGCGGGGUGAACGUCCUGGGAGCCUUCAUCAUGACACACUGUACCACCAUGUUUUAUGCGUGUGGGGCCCUUAUGUUAGUUGCAGCUGUGUUCUCAUUCCUACUACCACCGGAUAUACGGAAAAAGUAG